AUGAUUAAUAAAAUAAUCAUGUCUUACAAAUAUUAUGAGGCAUUCGUAUCCUCCAAGAAUAAAUCUAUUCCUUGUUGCAAUAGUAUAAACUGCAAUCUCUGUCAAGGCAAAUACUACGUCUAAGUCUAAUAGGAUGACAUCAAUCUGAUUGAUAGAUUGAUAUAGGAUAAAUUACAAAGCAGAAUGGCAGAGAUCUAAUCGAACAUAAGAGUCAAUACAAUUGACUAAUUCUUAGAUUAUCAUCAACGCAAGUACAAUUACCAACUCAUUUAUCUAUUUGAAAAUCUCACCAAAGGCAAACCUGAAUAUCCAAUCAAUUUCAACUUCAGGUAUAAAAACAAUGGAACCAUUGAUUGGCCCAACGAUACCUAUUUCAAAUGUCUGGAGCCUGGAAAAUUCAAAGACCUCAUAUCUUAUGUUACUCCCCUACCAUCUGGGGCUGAAGCAACAUCAGAAAUUUCAUUUAAAAUGCCUCUUUUGAAACAAGGAGAAUACAAGACUAAGUGGCGCUUGUGUUGUAAAAGGAACCAAGAAGAAGUCUUCUUUGGUCCCACUAUCGAAAUUCCCUGCACAAUCGAAGAGUCCAUAGCUGAUGCCAACCUUCUUCUGCUCGAAGAACUUUAAAAUAAGGGCCCUUCUUGGACAGCCAUAUUGGAUUUCAAUAAGGCAGCCAUGAUACUCUAAGAAACUAAAGACCAAAAAUUAACCAUGGAUUAACUAUAUAAUUUGUUAUUAAAGGAGCAAAAUUGAAAAUUAACUUAUUUCCUAUAUAAC